AUGGCAGCCCAGAAUGGAAAUGCUAGUUUUCCAACCAACUUCAGUAUACCCCAAGAAUAUGCCUCCUCCCUCCCCUUCAACUUCAGUUAUGGUGAUUAUGACCUCCCUCUGGAUGAGGAUGAGGAUAUGACCAAGACUCAGACCUUCUUUGCAGCCAAGAUCAUUAUCGGGGUGGCACUUGUGGGUAUCAUGCUGACUUGUGGUAUUGGCAACUUUGUCUUUAUCACUGCCCUCACCCGCUAUAAAAAGCUGCGCAGCCUCACCAACCUGCUCAUUGCUAACCUGGCCAUCUCCGACUUCCUGGUAGCCAUCGUCUGCUGCCCAUUUGAGAUGGACUACUAUGUGGUGCACCAGCUCUCCUGGGAGCAUGGCCAUGUGCUCUGUGCCUCUAUCAACUACCUGCGCACCGUCUCACUCUACGUCUCCACCAAUGCCCUGCUGGCCAUUGCUAUUGACAGAUAUCUCGCUAUCGUUCACCCCUUGAAACCACGAAUGAAUUAUCAGACAGCCUCCUUCCUGAUCGCUUUGGUCUGGAUGGUAUCCAUUCUCAUCUCCAUCCCAUCAGCCUACUUCACAAAGGAAACCGUCCUCUUCAUUGUCAAAAACCAGAAAAAGAUCUUCUGCGGCCAGGUCUGGCCAGUGGACCAGCAGCUCUACUAUAAAUCCUACUUCCUCUUUGUCUUUGGCAUCGAGUUCCUGGGCCCCGUGGUCACCAUGACCCUGUGCUAUGCCAGGAUCUCCCAGGAGCUCUGGUUCAAAGCGGUCCCGGGUUUCCAGACUGAGCAGAUCCGGAAGAGGCUGCGCUGCCGCCGGAAGACGGUACUGGUACUCAUGUGUAUCCUCACGGCUUAUGUUCUGUGCUGGGCGCCCUUCUAUGGCUUCACAAUCGUGCGCGACUUCUUCCCCACUGUGUUCGUGAAGGAAAAGCAUUACCUCACAGCCUUUUAUGUUGUGGAGUGCAUCGCCAUGAGCAACAGCAUGAUCAACACCGUGUGCUUCGUGACAGUGAAGAACAACACCAAGAAGUACUUCAAGAAGAUGCUGCUGCUCGACUGGCGGCCCUCCCACCAUGGGAGUAAGUCCAGUGCUGACCUCGACCUCAAAACCAGCCGCCUGCCAGCCACGGAGGAGGUGGAUUGUAUCAGGCUGAAGUAA